CAGCAGCCCGUACGCCGGUAUGAAUUCCCGGUAGAAAGGACAACAGGGCCUCUCAGACAGGAAUGUUGCCAGCACACAUCAGUAGAUGCACCUCCUGUAAGUAGUUUAAAACUGCUGACUUCCUUGUUGGCUCAGCAUUCUGCACACACACCUGUUAUCAUUGCAGACUCACCUGUAGUCUCUGCAUUCAUGAGAAGACAGAGUGAAGAGGAAACAAGAGAGGGAAGUUGGAAGUCAAGUAGGAUGGAUAGGAGAUUCUGACUAAAAGACUGAAGAGAAGAGAAUCAACCAACAAGAAAAGAUCUACAAACCUCAUCAGCUCUCAUGUCUUCUUGUAAGCCAGACGAGCAGUUAGCCUACGAGCUGAGCUGCCCCAUCUGCCUCCAGCUCUACUCUGAACCAGUGGUUCUUCCCUGUGGCCACAACUACUGUCGAGCAUGUAUUUGCAAGACUGCAGACACGGCUAGCAAGACAGACAAUACACUGCCGAGAUGUCCAGAAUGUCGUGAGGAAUUUCAAGGUGAUACCCUUCAGAAGAACUUCAAACUCAGCAGCAUCAUUGAGGGAUACAUGGCCUCAGCUCCAAACAUAUAUAAGCAGCCUGAGACUGAGCUGGUGAGGACAGGGAUUUCCUGUGACCAUUGCAUCGAUGAGCUGUCACCAGCUGUGAAGACCUGUCUGAAGUGUGAGGUGUCGCUGUGCACCAGGCACCUCCAGAGACACCAGGAGAAGGAGUCAUUCAGGGGCCACACUGUGGUGGGGCUUGUGGAUGGGCAGGGAAUGAAGGGCUGUUCACUCCAUCGGCGACCAUUUGAGUACUUUUGUUCCACUGAUAUGGCCUUGCUGUGUGCCACAUGUUUCAUAGAGGGCUUUCAUCAGAGCCAUGAUGUUCUAACCUUCAGUGUAGCCGAAGAGGAGAUGAGACGAGCGCUGGAGAGCCGUUGCAAGGUAUCAGACUUUUAUCACAAAGAUAGUCUUCAUACUGCAUGAGGAGAAAAGCUAUGAAUCUAGGAAUAAGCAAGUGUGCAUGUAGUUGCGUUAAAAUGUCAACAAUAAGUAAAAAUGUAUUGUGAGCCAGCAAAUAUUUUGGCCUUUAAUUGUAUGCUGAAGGUGGGAAAAGCUAUUGGGUCUCUUUUCAGGGUCCAAAACAUGUGGACAAAACUCAAACACUGGUUAAUAUCAGGAUGACAGCUUUGUAGCUGGCAACAGUGGAAGAGGCUUCCAGAAUGCUGAGGGUCUUGAAGAGACAGCAGCUGAGAAUGGCAUGUUAACUGUCUGAUUGGUUUCAGUCUGAGGACUGCACCAGCCCAGCUGCCCUAACACAAGCUGUGGCUGCAUCAGCACAAUAUACAAGUGACAGGAGAUUGUAUCCCUGGGUUUGAAUCCAACUUUUCUUUUCUUUUCUUUUUAAAACUAUUACAUUCAAGUACUUUUCAAUGACACUUGAAAGUCCAGAAUUUAGAGACAGGUGAGGAUAAUUACCAGCAAACAGAGCACUUUUGAGGGUGCAGUUUGUUCAACUAUGAUAAUAAGGCGUCAUGUUGCGCCCCCGGGAAACAUGAAAAGUAACGUGACAUCAUGCUUGAGAACAGGUGAAUAACAAUACUGAAGUCUUUGACAGACAAUAUGUCAUGAAGAAUCAUUAUAACUGGCUCAAAAAGUUCUAGCUCCAUGUGACAGAUGAAAAUACUAAAAUUACACGUGCACUUAGAGCCUUCUCCACCUUUAGAACAAAAGAACAUCCAGUCAGUCCAGAUUUUCUGCUGACUUGUAAAGACACUCAUGUCACACUAAUUAAAUGUGUCUUUGCAGGUGAUUUCCAGCCGGCUGCAGUUGACAGAAAGUCUCCUACUAAAGACAGCAGAGGAGCAAGGAGCCUCUGAGGCUGUUGGGGACAAACUGGUCUACAGUGCUGUCAAUUUGAUGGACAGUAUUGCUGCUCUGGUGGACAGGUAAUACUGUGCUUCCAUCUGUAUUGAUAGUGCCUUGAAAAGCAAGAUUCACUACUCAAUUAAAGGAUGCAAAGUCCAAAAACAUUCUUACAUAUCAGAGUCGUGCUAUGAGCUGUGUCAGACAUGGGAGCGCACAGUCUGGUUAUCUGAUAUAAGAGCUCUGUCUGAACUGUUUUCUUUGCCGUUACGUCAUAACUUCUGGGCUGAGCUUUAUCGUACAAAGUGAAGACGCACUGUUUAAGGGUUGCCUUGAUUUUAAUCUCAUGAUGACUUUUGUUUGUUUGGUUCAAAUACAAUCUGAUCAAAGUUUACCUUCACUGUCCUGGUGAAGAAGAUGAGCAGAUUUGUUCCCCUUUUAACCCAUUUAAUUGUUUUGUAACAGUGUCUUUUUAAGCUUAACUUUUAUUUGCUGCUGAUGUUUCUAUUGCUUUUGUGUAGAAAACAAUGUUUCUGUUGCUUAAAGAGCAUAGUGAAGGGAAAUACCUUUACUGACUUAAAUUUUAGUCAUGUACAAUAAUACCACAGUAGGCUAUACAGUCAUGAGACUUAACUGCAAUAAAGCUUGGGAACAAACUUACAUAAUAAUCUGUCCUGUAAUACGAGAAUACAGAUGAUUUAUAAUUAUGUAAAGCAGUACUUAAUGAUACUUUGAAGAGUGUGGAUUUAAUUAUCUCUAAUUACAUAAGAAAAGAAUAGGAUUUCCUUACAGUAAGUCAAUUUACCAUAAACCACUAUGUAAUUCCAAAGAAAAUGCUUUUUGUAAAGAUGGUUCAACCUGAUCAGGUUUUUCUGAGUGGGAAAGUCCUCCCUAGUUUUUCAAGUUAAAUGAUGAUACAUGAUGUUAAGUCACUUACAGUAAUUAAAGUUUCUCUGCCGGACUUGAAACGCUUGACCAGGGAGUGACUUUUGUAGACAAAGAUGCCUAAACCCAUUGUUCCCAUUAUUUCAUGUAACAAAUCCAGUUUAUCGACAUUUUUAACACCAGUAUGUUUUGUGUCAAAGUUGCAAUUCAGACGUCACAGACUGUAAGAACACCCUUUAACUCAUUUCUCAGAUCAUAAAAUGCUGCGCAAUAACAGCUCUUAUUAUUCAGAAUUGUUAAGACUGUUUCCAGUACAUGCAAACUAAACUAAGACCUACUUUUCUUCCAUCACUGCAGCAAUGUGAGGUUGUAAUCUGAGCACAGUGGUACUUUACAUGAACAGCAUGCUGGGGAUACUGUGGACAUACUUGCCUAAAACAUGUUUGCCUUCAUAUUUGACAAUUUUUACACGUUAACAUUGACUUAUUAGCACUACACAAAGAGUAAAGUUGUGGUUACAGGAAUUGUUCUAGUUUUCUAGAUAUCUGACAUCAAAAUCUGAUCAGGGGCAUGACAUGACUGUUUUUGCUGAGGUGGCCUGACUGGAGAAGUGACUUAUGUAAGGGUGACCAAACACACACAUGCUCAGUUAGCAUGUAUUUAUCAUUUUUACUUUGUUUAUAACCUCCUAAACAACGAACAAAGCCUCUUGGGUGAAACUAACCAGAUUAGAAAUACCUCCAGUGUUAUGUCUUUAUCAACAGAGUGGCAACACUUUAAACUUGCACAGUCACAUCAGACAUAAGUCAUAAGUACUUUCCCCCUAGAAUAGUUUGUUUGAUCUGUUUUCACGUUUACUGAAGUUGAUGACAGCAUGUGCGUCAUGCUUCAUUAUAUUCAGAUUAUUCCCCCAGAGUCAAACCAAUAUUAUCAUGAACACUGAGCAAGGACAAUGCAGGAGGAAUUUUGAACAGUUUAUAUCAUCACAUCUCUCCAGCAUGUUGUCAGUCAGUCUGGAAAUCAUUAAACAUGUCACAGGUGUAAACUGAUCUGUUUUCUUUAUAUCACUAUAACUUUGACUUAAAGUUAGAGUUUUCUUACCUAAUAACUUUGUAAGUGCAUAAAAAACUAGCUCUUCUAACCAAAGCUAUGUUGUGCUCAGGUACAGGGAGCGCCUGCAUGUGCUGUUGGAGGAGGAGAGAGGACAGCGCAGGAACAGCUGGCAGCAAGGACUGGGUGCUCUUGAGAUCCAAAGGCAGCUGCUCAUGGAGACCCAGCUAAGUGCCACAAAACUUCUCAAUGAGACAGACACCUGCGUAUUUAUACACAGGUACAACACCACACUACUUUUACAACUAAUAAGUAUAAAUGUGUUCAAUCAUUAUUUUCAACUUUUAUGUCUACUAUCCCUUUAAAACUGGACUUACAAAAUAAAUGUAAUCAUACCUUCUUGUUGUCAGAAUAACAAAACUAGAUAAAAAAGUUGAGGAUUGAUUUUCUUCUUCAUAUAUAGGCCCUAAUUGGACUCAAACUGGUCUUUGACCCUAAAGUCAAAUAGCAUAAAUAUGUAAUAGAAAGCUGGGUAGAGAACAAAAACAUAACAGAAGAAGAAGGGAGGUGAUAAAAAAACACGAGCUGUCAUUUCAUAUGUACAAAAAACUGCAGAGUUGUCUAUGUUUUAAUUGUUGUAGCCUUCAUACAACCAGUCAGCUUCUUGCUAAUUCAUCUGUUGCAUUAAACCAGAUAGCCUUAUAGUAACAGACUGUAAGGGGGCAUAUCUACAUCAAUAAGUGUGGCAGAGGUGGACAUAGUCAUUAAUUUAUAUCCUGUCCGCUGCUUGUAGGCUGACACAGGGACUCGAUCAGGUUCAAUCACCUUACCAAGGAUUUAGCACCAGCCUCUGUAAAAUCACCCAUCUGAUCAAUCAACAUAUGAAGAUUAUAAUUCAAAAUAUUUUGCCAUUGCCAUCUCAGUGUUUCAAAGCACACUCAAACAGAGGGGGAGUCAUUGCUACAUUGCUAACCUGGUCAACUGGUUGCCAUGGCAACAACUUUAUCCAAAGAUCACUCUGCCUCAUUGCCUCUUUAAAAGUAAAUGGUACAACUGUAUACACCACUUUAAGAGGAUGUAUUAAUGAUCAAGAUCCUAGUGUGAUUUCAACAGGGUUGGGAGGCAAGGUUGUUUUCAUAUCCUCUUGUAAUAAAGGGACUUUUUUGUUACAAGAACAUUGCCCCUGCCAGCUGUUGUAUCGCCCCCUGCUGACUGUUGGAAAGAAUGCAGGUCUUUGUCUCUGCAGCUUCAGACCUGUACACUUUUUAAAUACCAAACCGUUUGAGCAAAUAGGCCCACACACUGAGUUUUUUCCAGGUCUCUCACUACAGAUAUGUGUGCACAUUCAUGCAGCCUCCUUAAGUAGAGACAUAUGAUGUUACAUCAUGUAGCAGAGCACAUGGUAGCUUUGUAAGUCAUAUGAUUUCAUCUGUGUGAAUUCUUCCUCUCUCCCAGGUUCAUGCUGAAUGAUCACAAGCUGAGAGAAGCGGUCACCACUCCCUUUCCUUCAAAGAUCCCCUCAAAGGCCCCUCUCAACACCAAGCGUCUCCAGGCAGGCCUUAAAACUCAAGACUUCCGCUCCGACAUGAUUUGUCUACUGGAAUCCCUCCAUACCCUCCUAAACCCCCUGGACCUCACCUUCAACAUCUUCACUGCCCACCCAAGUCUGAUCAUCUCCAAUGAUCUGCGCACAGUCAAGUACAGCCCCACCAAGCAGCUGUACGCAGAGCACCCAGAGCGGUUCACAACUGCACCCCAGGUCCUGUGCAGCCAGGGGUUCUCUGGGGGAGAGCAUUUGUGGGAGGUAGAAGUCAGCCCAAAGACCCAGUGGUCCCUGGGUGUGUGCUAUAAAAGCAUCCCUCGACGUGGUGACCACAGUCGCCUGGGACACAACUCUGUGUCCUGGCGACUGCAGUGGAAAAACGGAAAGCUGACGGUGUGCCAGUCCUCCUGUAACGUGGCUCUGGGAGAUGUGACCAAACAGCCACUGAAGAUAGAAGUGGCACUGGACUAUGAGGGAGGGACUCUAAUAUUUCACAGUACCAAAGGGCGCAGGGAGCACCUUCAUACCUUCAGAGCUGUGUUCAAAGAGCCGGUUUUCCCAGCAUUCAGUAUCCAUUCCAGCACAGCAGAGUCUUGGAUCACACUGCAAAGUGGGAUGUGA